UCUGGAUCUCAGAAGCUCUGCGUAGUUCUGCUUUUAACUUUUCUGGGGCAAUGCAGUUCUUAGGGUUUUCAAUUGCGAUCUAUCUUUUGUUUUCAACAUUUUCUUUUGUAAACGCAUUCAACACCAGAUUGGGAAUUCUACUCAGAGCGAAGUUCUAGUUUGAGACGUCCUUUUAUCGAGUAGUACAGUAGCACAGCGUUGAGUUCUCUUGAAGUUCGCAAGUUUUGAUUUUAAUUGUUCCGUGUCAAAGGUAAGAUGCAAAGUGAAUUAGUUGGCUGAUUAAAUUAAGAACUUUUUCGCAGUGCUUUGUGAUCGUUCGUGCGCAUUUCGUUUCCUUCUGCAGGCUGCCGCGUCGUCAGAAAAAUAGCGGCCACUCGCUCUCAGUCAAGUACGUACGUCACAGUGGACACGUGCUCCUUGGUGCUAUCAAACAGUGCUCAUCCAGAAUGCUCACAGAAAACGGAGCCUGAAAAGUCCAAGCUUGACGGCUUCUUGAUCUUCCAACAAGCAGACCGUGCCUUUCCUAGAACAAUGACGCGACACUUCUUCCGCGAAGUAAGGAUCUAACUAUAUGCACGACGACACACUAACCAGUGAGUUGUAUUACCUAGCGCUUGAUACCUGCCUGGUUAGAAGUAGCGUCGCCACAACAGUAGCAUCAAGAUGGCAGAACCAGAGCAAGAUAAGCCCGAGUGGGCUCAAGAGUUGCAGGAUGCGGUAGUGUUACUUAGCCGAUCGAAGGGUGGAAUACGGAUAGAGAAGCAGGCGCAACGCUGCGGACUUAAAAUGGCGAGUGAAUUGGGGACGAAACGCGUCACGUACUAAAACUAUAAUUACGCUUUGUCUUAUUUGUCCGGGAGUGCUGAGUCAGUUAUUAUAUCCAUUCCCUGCAGAUGGUCCAUUUGUGAGAUGAGAGUCUGCCCACUCUCUGCAGAUGGAGCGGGAUAAACAAAGCGCCACCGGUGCAAAACUUCGCCCGCAAUGGAAUGGGCAGACCCCCCGGCACGGGCGUCGCUAGUAACAGCGUCCGCGCUGCUGCAGCUGCAAGCCCAAGCACCAGAAUAGGGCCCCAACAGUAAGGCAAUAAGGCGCCAGCCCAUCAACGUGGGAGAGCCGAGGGAGCUCGUGGGCCGAAGGCCGAGGGAGUUUUGGGGCAGCGGUCACGGCGGGGGCGUGUGUUAGGACGCGAUCGUGUGGGGCUCUCACUGCGGGCGCAUGAAGUGAAGACUGCCGCGGCACCCCGGCGCGGCGGGCUCAGGUCGUGCGCCCAAAUCAGUGAAAUGCGUGCGAGCCACAUGCGGCGGCAUGGGGGGUCUUCAGCUUUCACGGGUUUGCACCUCUUACCACUCAGGCAGCGCCCCCCGGUUGACUUUAGUCAGGAACGAAAGCCGUCGACAUCUUCGAGCGCUCCCCUCUGACGCCGCUGCGGGUCGUGUGAAGAUAAAGGGCGGCAAGGGAUCCAGUGCGCCCGGAAAGUUCACGCCUGCCGAAAGGGGCCAAGCUGCGGCGCUGGCUUUUUGCUUUUUCUUUGCUGUGUUGGGGCAACAAUGCAUGCCGGCCCCGGUGUGUGUGUCUUUAAAGCAUGUCCUUGCUCAUACAUUGGACCACCGCCAUGGGCUCAGUUUUGAUUUCAACCCAAGGCGAAGAAGAGGGGGCGGCGGCAUGAAGAGAGUGGGAAGCUUUUGCGCAAACCGCUCCGGGUCACGGCUGGGCCAUCGGGGCCCAGCUCGUCCAGCAAGGGGCCGCAAUAAUGCGGCAGGCGACGGAUGCAGCGACCCGCGUGGUGACAGCCGCCCGCGAUGAAAAAAAAGCGCGCCAGACGCUCAGCGCCGCCCUGGAGGUUGUUCAGGCGGCAGGCAGCGGCGGGAGACGCCGCUGAGGGUGGCGACGCCUAAGCUUUCGAGCUGGCCGCGGCCCGGCUGGCUAUCUCGCAAAGAAACGGCUCGGAGCUCCGCGGCGCGCGUCAGUCUGCGCGUUGGGUUCAAGCUUGAGAGAGGCGGGGAGCCCAGAGGAAUAUAGCCCAGGCAUCGACCGGCUGAGCUUCGGGGAGGGGCGUGGGCGCUUGACAAGGGGGGCUGCCGCUAGGGAGCUGCCACGGGGGGGGUGUCUUGGCCCGCGUCUGGUAGUGGAUGCGCCACGGCUCCGAACGGGUGGCGCGGUGUGCUGGGAUGGGUUUACAGCUGGCGCUGGUCUGGUUCGGCACCCACGCAGCUAAUUCCUCUCGCAGGGGUGGGCGCUUGUUGCCGUGUGAGCCAGAUGGCCCAAGGUAGGCGGCGAACGUUGCCCGAAUAAAUCCAGAGACCGCGGACGGAGAAGGCCCGGCCGUGGCUAUCGUUUCUCUUACUUAUUACGGAUAGGCUGGCUAGGGAACAGCUCGGGACCAUUGACGGCGAGCGCGCGGCAGUGGUGGGCCCCGCUCCCACAUUCGCACGGAGGUCGGCAGGAUGUCGAGGGGAGUCGACUAGCGGACAGCCUUUGGAGCAGUGGGGGCCUUUUUGGAAGCCCUGCGGAUGUGGUUGCGGCAGUCGCGCAGUCACUUACUCCAUGCUGCUGAAUGCGCCUCCUUCUUUCGGGAAGAGGGCCUGCCGCGCGCAAUGUUCGUUGCUUCGGCGAUUGAAGUCAUUCGGUCAUCACUGGCGUCGCCUGUUCACGCUCUUACACUCGUUGGGCGACACCAUUGGUCGAGCGGGUCGCCAGCUCGACGGCAUGGCCAAGGACAUUGCCUGCCCCGACUCGUUGUGGGAGGGACUUCCCUCCAGCAAACUGCCGUGACAAGCUCGGCACAUUGAUGACGCGGCUGCGUGCUGUAUCGCAUUGGUUGAGCCCACUCCUGGAAGAGAUGCAAGAGGCGCAGCGCCGUGAUCAACGGGGAACCACUGAGGUUGCGGAAGCCCGCACUCGAUUGCACGAAGUUGAUCCGCAGAACGACGCGCGCGCUGCUGUUCCGGAUCCGCACUCGUUUACAGUACAACCUCCCAAACGGCGCCGAGUCGCGCCAGCCAUUCCGCGACCGCAGUAUCCGACCGCAUUCAAGGACGGCGACGCGUUCUGCGACUUCCGCGCUCGCAUCACCGCACUGACGAAGCUUUUCUCUGUGCCUGGUGUGCUGUCUGCCGAAGCACUGCGGUGCAGGCUUCUGAGAUCUGGAAGGAGAGAGCCAAGAUCUGGAAGGUGUGAGAGCGCCAACAUCCUGAAGGUGAGAGCGCCAACAUCCUGAAGGCGCGAGAGAGCCAAGACCUGGAAGGCGCGAGGGGGCCAACAUCUGGAAGGCGUGAGAGGGCCAACAUCUGGAAGGCGUGAGGGAGCCAAGACCUGGAAGGAGAGAGCCAAGACCUGGAAGGAGGGAGCCCAGACCCGAAAUAGCGGCCAUUGCAAGAAGGCCAACGAACAGCGCAAGAAAAUGGCGACGGUGGAGAAAAAAGCGCAGGCUGCCCUUUUGGACAAGAUGAGGAGCAGACGACAACUAAGCCCCGAGGGAGAGACACCGCGGGCGUAUCGGCUAGCCUUCGCGCCAAAGUGGGGGCAGCUAUCCUCGGCCUCCCCCGUGCCUCGCUCUGUGUUUUUUCUCUCUUUUCGCUCGAUGGUUUUUCCUUGAUCUUCCCCUCGAUCUAAGUUGGCAGCACGUGAUGGAAGCGCGUGGCACACAUCGAGCAUGUCAGCCACUGAGUUUUCUGGUUCGGCGCUUAUGAUAUUCUUUUGGGGGUUAGUUUCUAUCUUCAGACAGUAAAGGUAGCUCUUUUAUUAUUCCCAUGACUUGAAGUUGAAGGGGGGCUUUAUCAUAUUGUAUGUACCUAGCUGAUCACAACGAUUCUUCUUCCAGGUAUUUCCGAGGUCGCGACUAUCUGUUUACCUUACUGAGCCUGCGGAAAAAGCAUCCUGUUUACCUGCAGAUGAUAAGUGCAGCACUUGGGAGGAAAGUGACAGAAAUAACCAAUCCAAUUUGCGUAGAGUUGAUGGAGACGCUGUUGCGAGAGAGGAUUAUUUCCAGGGCUAAGUACCUUUACGCAAAGGCUGUUGUAGUUGUCAUAGUUUUGAUAGUAGUAGGAACUUAGAUGCUGAGACGUAAAAGUGCUAAUUCACAACUGUGGAGUCUCGCCUUUAUCUAGCUGCAUGUAAGCUACUAGAAUCUCCUCCACCUCCACAGGGAAGCAAGAAUUUGCGACAGCAGUAAACCUCGAAAGUGGCCAGAAAGAUUAGUCAGGGCGCCGCCUUUUGGAGUGCAGCAGUUUGAGCCAGACGACUUUUACAUAGUCAAUUUCGAGAAGGACAAUCCCUAUCACCAGCUCUAUGCGGUAUUGAUUUGUUUUUACUUUUUUGAUUUCUUUUCUUUUAAUGCAUAAAUUGUAAUUGACUUAUUUUUCAGCAAGACCAUGUCCCACGACUCCUGACAAUCUAAUAUUCUAGACGGACUCCUCCUACCACUAGUAUCACCCACUAAACCUUCACCAUUAUAUCACUACAGGUCGCCAUAGUAUUCGGGAUCGUUUUCCUCGUCUUAGCUCCAGUCUGGCCUUUGUGGUUGAAGAUGUUCUUGUGGUAUUCCUCUGUGCUGCUCACGGUAGGACUGUGGGCAUGCAUCUUCAUACGACUUUUGCUCUUCAUCGUUCUGUGGGUCAUAGGUUUCGAAUUCUGGAUACUACCCAACAUCUUUGAAGACACAGUGCCCUGGAACGAGGCGCAUCGGCCCUUUGUAUCCUUCACGCGGACGGCUUUGGAUGAGCAGUUUUUGCUUUUGAGGUACUUUGCUAGUUUUCUAGUUACAGUAGCUUUUACGAUUAGUUGUUCAUGAUGCAGCUUUUUAAGACCUAGCAGUGCUGUCGUCCAGGUCGUGUAAUCUAAAUUCAUUCUUCACCUCCUACAUGAACAGGUCCCUCUUCUUCGUCGUUGGUUACGCAGUUUGCGUCGAGUUCCAGAGAACGGGACUUGAAUUUGAGGACUUGAGGUGGCCAAUUGACGAGAUAAUAGAAUGGGGUGUGCUGAAGAUCUCGCCCCCCGUUCCAAGAGGCAACAUGAUAGAUCUUCCAAAACUAGAAGACCUGUUGAAGGAGGAAGCGAAGGAAGCCGAACUUAGGAAUAGUAGCGAAGCAUCCUCUAUUAGUGGUACUGGUAGUGGAGCAUCUUCAGCAUCUAGUAGUGGAGCAUCCUCCUUUAGUGGUACUGGUAGUGGAGCAUCUUCAGCAUCUAGUAGUGGAGCAUCAAGUGAAGAUAGUUCAUCUGGGAUAAACGCGGAUGCGGAAGGACAGCCAUUGUUUGGGGAAGAGGAGGAAAACUGGCGAGACGUUGGGGCCAAGCUAGUAGAUGACGCGACUUGAGAUUCGAAGCUCUCAAUUUUGUUCAUUGGUGCACAAAGCUCCCCUGCUACAUGGUAAGGCAACCCCACGCCACUCGUGGAACCCCCGCGAUUGAAAUGCCGCCCUCCAUCUCACCAAAAACCUCGCAAUCACCUACGCUCAAUUAAGAACUUCUCCCUUCCCACAUCUAACGACGACGAGUACUCCUUUUUUAUGCCGUUGUUCGCUUUUUAAAAUCAUCAAAGGUUCGACAACAUCAAGCAAAUAAGAACUCUUGC